UUUCCUUUUUCUAGCUUCAUGGGCAGAAAAAGAAAGAUGACGUCUCCUAUAAGAACCAGCUACACCUUGAUUCCCAAACAGAAAUAUCGACGUAGCUGUCGCCUCCACAACAAAUUCAGUAACGGUCUGGACACAGAUUUUCUAUCUCUAUCAACACUUGGGAAUUUUAAAGCACUUCCCGUAGAGAUCUUUCAGAUGGUUUUGGAAUAUCUUCCAGUGAAAGAUAUCAGCAUGCUAAGCAUGGUGUCAAAAACUAUCAGCCGCCGCCUUGUUAAUUACAUCUCAACUCCGACAGGAAAGAAAAGGCUUUUGCCGCAGGACUUCCACCAUCCCGAGGAGUUUUGCUGUAGGAAAGGGUCCUGUAUUCUAAAACACUACACAUCAUUAGGCCUGUUACUAAAAAGAUGUACCUUACUACUGCCCACAAAGGAGAGGCUGAGGUAUAUACACACGAUAUUUUCAGAAAUUUCCUGCUUUAAAAUGAGCGGCUGCUCAGAUCCUCUGCACUGUUCAGGGCUACACUGUUAUGGACUGUUUUUACAGACGUUAACUGGAGGUUGGGAUGAAUUAGAAUGUCAUCGGGUUUACAACUUCCUCUGUGAGCUGAACAGCUUACCCCAGAAAGUGCAGACAGCGGUCAGCAGCAAACCUGGAAGUGCACGAAAACUGGAGCUGAGGAUAAGGGUAUUUUACCGCGACGUCCUGUUAAACCGUUGUGCCCAUUCGAGUGAUUCAGCAUUUUGGCUAACACAAAUUUUAAAGCCGUGGCCAAUAGUCCAUCAAGCCCGGCUACUGUAUAUAAUUUUUGGACCUACCUCUAAUCUGGAUGGUCAUGUAGUUUGGCAGAAAAUGACUGAAGGGUCAACCGAUGAGGCUAGUUUAAAGGAACUGGCAGGUGCUAUUAAAUUACUUGAUGACCUGGAAGCAAAAGAGUGGACAGCGGAUGUUGUCGUCAGCCUAGUGGAUGAACUUUCAGUAGUCCCCCAGGAAUGGCUUCCGGAAAACAGCGUCAGGUUCCUUAUCCUGUGUGGAAACAGUAUCUGCUUCACUUUUAUGGCUAGCAAAGCUGUGAACGGCAGAGUCACAGAUUUGGCAAGUCUGAUGGUUUUCCUGACUUUGGUGUGUGAGAAGGACUUCUAUAGCAUGUACUCGUCCGUAAAAAUAAUGCAGAAAGUCUGUAAGAUUUUCAAGACGUCGGCCGAAAAGAACAACUUCCUCCAAAGCGUAGAGAAUGAAUUCGCACACGCCAUCACGGAUGCCCUGCACUUAGUGAUCUCUGGGAGGCGCGGAGAGGAUAAUAGCAGCUUGCUGAACCUGUUUUAUCUGGUGAAUGCACAAGCAAAUUUUCAUAAGGAAAUCCUUUAUUUGACCAUGAGUGAAAAACCGUAAAAAUUCUUCAGAUCAGAAGUUUUCGGAGAACGCCUUACCAGGAAGCAAUAAAACAAGCAACUUUUUCCUAUUGAUAUUAUUUCCCUUCACAUAUGUGACUGCUGAUAUCCUCGUCUAUUUUCUGAAUUUAUUCUGAAUUUAGUAUGUAAGACCAUAUGCGUUAUAGUUGCAAGACAAGAUAAUCCUGUUUGCAGCAAGUGAAUGCUUUUUUUAAAAGGGCAGAUACAUUUAUUACACGUAUUGAUUAUAUCUGUUGUAAUUUCAGUGGUGGGUG